AUGUCUCCAGCUUCUUCAUCCACAGGAUCGGUCGUGCUAUUCUACCUUGUCUCUUCAGCUGCUGCUUUCCAUCUCUCCGUUCACUUGGAGAAUGUUAACCAAAAAUCCGAACUUCUGACCUUGGCACUGUCCCACCAGAACCAAGGCAUUCGCCAUCUUCAGCAUCACUUAGCCGUUGAUGACCCGGCCCAACGGGAGAGUGUGCUAGCAUCCCUUUUGCUAUGUAUGACAUACGAGCCAGUUACAGUGGAGAGAAACUUCUGGCUUACCCAUUUGCGUGGAGCUUCUCAAUGGCUCCGCAAAGUGAAUGUGACCUCGUGGGCUCAUGACGAAUCUACAAUCACCAUGUAUCAGAUGCUGGCUAGUACCGCAACGAUGCUGCGAUCACAAAUAUUAUCAGAAGAGGUCGCUCAAGACGGCAAUUUUCACUUUGAGAUGGGGGCGAUGCUAGAGCCCUACCAUCUUCAUUACAUUUUUGGGCUUCCCAAAAAAUCUCUAGAGGUGAUGAGCGACAUGAUUGCGAUGGCUGUGAGACUCCAUCAGUAUGGUGAGGAGCCACUGCUGGACUUGGAGCGUUUUGAGAUGGAACUGUAUCUUUCCAUACCGCCCGAUUGUCAUAUUCCGGCAGCAACACGAGGACAAGAAGAUCUGGUUCAUCACUACGCCCAAAUCUUUUACUUUGGCUCCAUCAUCUACUGCAAACGAAGGUUGCGCGGCUUGCCCCUCGCCGAUGUGCAGCUCCUCGUUGAGCAAGCUGUUGAUCACAUUGAAGCUUUGGCCAACUACAAAUCUCGCCCAUAUUCCCCAAUUCUGUGGCCCGUCGCAAUGGCGUUUUUUGAAGUUCAGGACAUUCUGCUUCGAAAAAGGGUAUUGGCAUGGCUCGACUUCAUUAUCAAACAAUCCACACUCUCAAUAUGGCAAAAGGUGAAGCCGCUGAUAUGUUCUCUGUGGGAAGAGCGAGCUAUUUCCGGUAAGGAAGAGAUACAUUGGGAAGAAUUUCUUCGUGAACCGUCAACUCCAAGCAUCAUGAUUGUGUAG